CCCAUAGAGAUAUACAGUAAUCACAUUCAUUAAUUGCAACUCCAGUCAUAUAUGCUUAAUCGAAUUUAAGGGCCCAAUUAGUGCGAUAUGGUGGCGCAACUGACACAUAUACUUCAAAACCAAAUAUGUGUCGAUGUGAAAUGUCAGGCUUAUAUUCAAUUAUCAGAGGGUACACAGAAAAUGGCUGUUUCGUAGUGGGUCUAAAGCGAAUGAGUAGGUGUGCAUUACCAUUGUGUUAGCUAUCAUUUGUAAUAUUUUGAUUGUAGUUUUUGCAUUACCAUUUUGUGUAUGUAACUAGCGAAUGGGAUGCUCUACAUUGAUCUCAAUAGACAUGCAAAAGUUAUCAAAAGUACGAUAGUAUUUGAUGUUAAUUUCCCAACAUAAUCAAAUCUUAUAGAUUUAAUAAGAUUAUCAGGUUUGUGAACCCUUGAAUGAAUUAUAUGUGCUACGAGUUUAACAAAUAUUGCGUUCCUUGCGGAAAGUAAAGCAGCGCAUGACCAACGGGUUGAUGCAUCCAUCAAAAUUAUAACGUCUCUAAAUUGAUCGUGUUUUGGGCGAAUGUGGGUCCAUAUAUAUCUCCUUGUUUGUUUUAUGUUCGUGCAACAUAGUUGCUAAAUGAAUGCUUUUAAUUGUUCUCCUUUUUUCAAAACAAGUUGGGGAAGUACGCAGUUUUUUUCAACUUCUGUUCGGAGGUGACAUAAAGUUGGGAUUACAAUGUUUCCUGAGGUUUACAUGCAAUUGUGUGUAGAUAUAAAAAAAUGAAUGGGGAGAAAGUGUCAUGAAGAACAAGCUACAAAACGAGUAGUGUGAUCUGCACAAAGAGCAAAUUACCUAUGGUGGAUUCGAAGACGGUCUUGAGUCAAGUUGAGGAGAUGCAAAUGAUUUUCAACGAAAUUCGAGAUGAAGGAAUGACAGUUAGUGAGCCUUUCCAAGUGGCAUCAAUUAUCCAAGUGGUUACGGAAAUCAACCUCGUUGGAUCCAAUUCCAAGGAGCGGUUUGUGGACACCGGUGCAACCCGGCACAUUUGCUCAAACCGGGAGUUAUUCACAACUUUUGAGCCAUCAAAUGGUGAGAAAGUGUGGAUGGGUAACUCGGCUCAUUCCGCGGUUCAAGGCGUGGGCAAGGUGGUCCUGAAGAUGACUUCGGGCAAAGAGCUGACUCUCAACCAAGUGCUGUUUGUUCCGGAAAUACGCAAAAACCUGAUUUCCGGUUCGUUGUUGAACAAGCAUGGCUUCCGCAUGGUUUUUGAGUCGGACAAACUGGUUUUGUCUAAGUCGGGAAUGUAUGUGGGCAAGGGGUAUACAUGUGAUGGCCUUUUUAAGCUCAAUGUAAUGACUAUUAUUAAUAAUAAUAAUAAAAUCCCUUCUGCUUACUUGCUUGAGUCUUCCAAUGUGUGGCAUGGUAGACUAGGACAUGUUAAUUUUAAUUCUAUACGUAGAUUAAUUAACAUGGAGCACAUUCCUAAAUUCACAAUUGAUGUGAAGCACAGAUGUGAAGUUUGUGUAGAGGCAAAACUAACGAAAACGUCUUUCAAAUCGGUUGAAAGAAAAAC